AUGCCAGUAUCUAAUAGUUUUCCGUUUUCCUCCACCACUUCCACGGUGGCUUCCAUCCUUUUCCGGGCGUCGCCCAUCGACCCAGCCCUCCGUCCUCCGUCGCCCUCCGCGUCGCAGACUCACGAGCUCCCCAACUAUAGCCAAUCUUCCUCGAUCGAUUCCGAAGCAGCAUCUCGUCAGCCGCUGACGGAUGCUGCCGUGGGUGUGUCUUCCACCGCGUCACACUUCUCCGGUGCCCUUCCCGAGGUGGGCGGCAUCGAUAGUCACAGCCAUAGCAACAACGGCUUUGAGUCCAGCUCCUUAGGUCCGUCGCUUCCGGGUCUGUCUGCUCUCGCGUCGGUCGCGUCUGCUCCUACAUCGAAUCUGCGAGCGUCGAGCAGCAAUGCGAUGAACAUGAACUACGCGACGUCAUCUCCCGCAGCCACGACUGGAGGACAGGGGAAUCAUCCGCCGGUUUGCCAGAAUUGUGGCACGUCCACCACUCCCCUCUGGCGCAGAGACGAACUCGGAUCGGUCCUCUGCAACGCCUGUGGUCUAUUCCUGAAACUCCACGGUCGACCCCGUCCGAUAAGCUUGAAAACAGAUGUGAUCAAAAGUCGUAAUCGAGUUAAAACCGCCGGCCAGGGUCCAAAACGCAAGUCUGGCGGUACUGCCGAUGCGAAUGGCUUAACCUCCGCGCAAUCCGACGCAGGAACCCCUCCCCUUGGCUCCCAUGGAUAUCGUCGCGCGUCGCGAAAGGCGUCCCCGAGCCAUUCGGAUCGCUCCAAUUCACCUGUCUCCCGGACAGAUACUCCGGGCCUACCUUCCAUGCACCAACACAAUUCCAACAUCGCGCCCCAACACAUGUUUGACAGCGUUACCCUCGCAGAACAGAGCCUAAACCAACACAAUGGCCAUGCGUCCCUGCAGCUACGCCAACCGUCUCCCACUGUGGACCGUCACAUGGAGGCCCCACAAACAUACGAGAGGCUUCUGGCCGCCAACACCAAGCUCAACACCCGCGUCAGUGAACUGGAAGUGAUCAAUGAGCUCUUCCGGGGUCGUGUUGCGGAACUGGAGCAGAGCGAUGCCACUGCGCGCCGUUCAGAAAUGAUCGUCCGGGAUUCCGAGGUGCGUCUUCGAAGAUCCCUGGAAGAUUCUCAACGACGGGAAGACGACCUCCAGCGACGUGUAGCCGAGCUUGAGACCCAGUUGUCCAAGCGCCCUAGUGGUGACAGUAAUCUGGCAAAUAACGAAAGUCCCGGUGAACCUAUGGCGAAACGAAUUAAAUUGUCCGAUGUGGUGGAACAACCCUCUGCUUUCUCACCUACCAAGUCACCCAAGAGCAUCUAG